GCUUCACCGUAUGGUGUAGGUGCGGUACUUUCACAUGUAAUGCCAUCUGGUGAAGAAAGACCAAUCGCUUUUGCGUCAAGGACUCUGAACUCAGCAGAGAGUAAUUAUGCUCAAAUUGAGCGAGAAGCUUUAGCAAUCGUGUUUGGUGUGAAGAAAUUUCACCAGUACCUGUUUGGGCGCAGAUUUACCCUGCUCACAGACCACAGACCCCUUACCUCCAUUUUUGGUCCCCAAACCGGUAUUCCUUCUCUGGCAGCGAAUCGCAUGCAACGUUGGGCUCUGCUACUGUCGGCUCAUCAGUACGACAUCAAGUAUAAGAGGUCUGAGCAACAUUGCAAUGCGGAUGGACUGUCUAGGCUGCCUUUGCCAGACACAAAGCCAGAAUGCCCUCAAGGCGACAUAUUCUACUUCCAAGAAGUGCAAGGUGCUCCGGUAACUGCUGCCCAAGUGAAACGAUUCACAAGAACUGACCCUGUCUUGUCAGAAGUUCUGACCAGGAUAUCUCAGGGCUGGAAAGGGAAGAUGACAGAUAAAUUCAAACCCUAUCUGAUUCGACGAAAUGAGUUGACAGUGCAGUCGGAUUGCUUACUGUGGGGUUAUCGUGUCAUCAUACCCCCGCCCCUGAGGCACCGUUUGUUGAAAGAACUUCACGCUGGUCAUUCGGGAAUAGUGAGAAUGAAAGAGAUGGCACGCAGCUACUUCUGGUGGCCUGGCUUGGAUGCAGAGAUCGAGGAGGAAGUAAAGGGUUGUUCAGAAUGUCAGAAUGUAAGGAACAUGCCCCAGCCAGCUCCCUUACAUCCAUGGGAUUUUCCAGAGGUGCCAUGGCAAAGAAUUCACAUAGACUUCGCAGGACCUCUGGAGAACCACAUGUUUCUGGUACUUGUGGAUGCUCACAGCAAAUGGCCUGAGGUUGCGGUCAUGCAUAACACAUCUUCGGAGAAGACCAUUGAGGAGCUUAGAAAUGUUUUCAGUCGUUUUGGACUGCCACAACAGCUUGUAAGUGAUAAUGGGCCCCAGCUAGUGUCUGAAGAGUUUCAGUCUUUCCUGAGUGUAAAUGGAAUUCAGCACAUCAGAUCUGCUCCUUAUCAUCCAUCCACAAAUGGCCUGGCUGAACGAUUCGUGCAGACACUGAAGAAGGCGCUAAAGACAUCUCAGGGUAAGGGCUCCCUAAACCAAAGACUGAACACAUUUCUAUUGUCCUACAGAAACACUCCUCAUGCAACCACAAAAGUCUCUCCAGCUACAGCUUUGUUGAAACGACAACUACGCAACAGACUGGAUCUUCUGAGACCAACCGGAACCAAGCAGAUUGUAUUGUCACAACAGCAAAUGCAGGUGGAGAGGCGAUCCAAAGCGAAGUUCAGGAGUUUCAACAGAGGUGAUGAGAUACUUGCUCGUAAUUAUGGAAAGGGAGCGAAAUGGGUACCUGCAACUGUUCUUGCACAAACCGGCCCUGUUUCAUACAUCGUUGAAACAAAGGAAAAGUUUACGUGGAGGAGACAUGUUGACCAGUUGUUGUCCUCGACAAUCUCCAGUGAUGAUCCCUGUGAAUUGGACGCACAUCAACACGCAUCUCUCUUCAACUCGGGUCGAAAGGUGGUAUCAGAAACCUUACCCACACCAUCUUCGAGUGAACCGCGGGUAAGCGUUCCCGUUGAGAAUACUUCUUCCUCAUCAGUGACUGUUACAGACACUCCAGUAGAAACACCACCGGUGCCUGUUCUCCAUCGUUACCCAACUAGAGUGCGAAAACCACCACGGAGAUUGGAUCUUUAGUCUAGAGGCUAACCCACGACAUUGGGGCAGA